AUGGAUGCCUACAAUGCUGAGGUCCGCAAAGUCAAGGCUCACUUCGACAGCCUCGAUUUCCAUCACGUCCCUAGGGAACACAACGUCGCCGCCUACGUCCUAUCCAAGCUCGGCAGGAAAUGCGCCCCAAGAUCUGAGUUCUGGGAUUUUUGUCAAGACAACCUAAUCGACGUGUACUACUCUUCAGUAGCUCACCCACGCUGCAAUGGUCAAGUUGAUCGUGUGAAUGGGAUGGUCCUCCACUCCCUCAAGUCUCGCAUCUUUGACGGCGUAUCCAAAUACGCCACCAGGUGGCUCCACGAGUUACCCCAUGUCAUUUGGGGCCUGCGAACCCAAAAGAGUCAAGCUGCCAGCUAUACUCCCUUCUUCCUGGUAUACGGCUCCGAGGAAGUGUUGCCAACGGACGUGGCCUUCGGCGCCCCACGGAUCCAAUACUACGAGGAGGGUGACAUCGACAGUCUGGAAGAACACCGCGUGGCGGCUCUUAUCCAGCACGGGCGGCACGAGCAGCAGAUUCGAUGA